AUGGCAGCACUGCAUGUACAUAGAUGCCAGCUGCUGUUAAACCCCGAAGAAGAAGGAGCAGUGUCCGGUAUCAUAGCUGUGUCCAAAUUCAGGGGUCGCAUCCUUCGGAAACCGCAUUUUCAUAAACUUUGUCUCACAUAUGAAUGCUUUGAUUCGAGCAAGACUCAGGUCUGUAUGACACUGGAUGGUGAUGAUCUUAUUAACCACUUGUUUCCUCCAUCUAUCAACAUAAAGUGGAGCAAGAAUGGAAAAAUCAUAACAGUGGAAAAUCAUUUCAAGAAGUGCUUAUCUAAUCCUGAUGGGACAUUUCACAUUUUGUCCACUCUCAACUUUAUCCCACAAAAGGGAGACAUUUAUGGCUGCACAGUGGAACAUGAAGCCCUUGAGGAGCCCUUGACCAGAUUUUGGGGUGAAACUAAUUUCUAUAUUAAUACUUUUUAA